AUGGCACCCUCCAAGCGCGGUCUCGGUUGGCCCUAUGACAACAAAGGGCCCGCCUUCAAGCCCUACGAGGCUGCUGUCAAGGACCAGACGCUCACCUGGCUCUUCAACUGGGAGAUGUGGAAGCCCGAAGGCUUUCCAGCUGGCCUUACCUACGUCCCUCAGGUCCGCACGGCUGCCGAAGCUGGCAAGAUUGACCAGUUCUUGGGCGGUCUUGGAAAGGUCAGCCACUUCAUCGGCUUCAAUGAGCCGGACCACCCUGGUCAGGCAAACAUGUCCGUCGCUCAGGCGGUGCAGCUGUGGAGGCAGCACGUCCUGCCGGCGAAGGCGAAGUACGGCUUCAAGCUGGGCUCUCCAGCCAUGACCAACUCGGACGCAGGCAAGAAGUGGCUGCAGGAUUUCCUGAAGCAGCUCGGCGGGGACGCCAAGAUCGACUUCAUUGUGGUCCACUGGUACGGGCUGGAUGUCAACAACCUCAAGCAGUUCAUCGAAGACAUUCACAAGACGUUCAAUAAGCCAAUCUGGCUGAACGAAUUCGCCUGCACGACUUUCGGCGGCGCUGUGCCGAGCCAGGGGGAUGUUGAGAAGUUUGAGCGUGAGGCGCUCAAGUACCUCGACGGCAAGGCAUUUGUCGAGAAGUAUGCUUGGUUCGGGGCUGCCACGAACAACGGCAGCAUGGGUGGUGUGGCGACUGUGAACAAGUUGGCCAACAAUGGGAGCUUGACAUCUGUGGGAAAGAUUUACUGUACCAAACCCGCGAGCCAGGCGGCCCUUAUGACGGCCAGUGUAGCAUCAGAUGCCGUACCCGAGUCCGAGGAAGCUGCCGCUGAGCCUGCUGCCGCUGAGUCUGCCGCGACCGACUCUGUCGCAGCUGAGUCCGAGGCCGCGCAAGCAGAGGCAUUCCCACAGAUUCAGUUGAACAUAAUGUCCAGGGCAGCGGCGGCCCCAGCUAAGCCCGGCAUUCAGUUGACUAACAAGAGCAAGAAGGAAGAGACAUACAACUUCUUCAACAACUACUGGAACGGCAACGGGGAGGCAGGCGCCAACUUUGACCACCCGGAAAAGCCGACGAAGCUCAAGGCCGGGGCGUCAACCUUCGUCGAGCUUCCGGAGUCAUUCAAAGGCCGCGUCCAGCGCGGGACGCUGAUCCCGGCGACAUGGGUUGAGUUCCAGCUGUCUGCGAGCAAUGACCACAAGGCAUGGGGGAACAUCAGCCUCCAGCAAGGCUAUGAUGGCCCCGCGAUGAUCCGGUCGACGGACGGGACCAACAACUCGAUCGGCUUCACCAAUGAUAUCCUUCCGGGCGCGCCCCAGGCGGCGAGGCAGAAGAGGUCCGACGGCAAGGAGUGCCUUGCGAGCACCACGGGCAACUGGAUGGGAGGCCCCAACCAGGCGGCGAUUGACUAUGAGAACAAGGUCGUCGGGCAGAAGAAGGCCUACAUUGUCGGCGGGUCGGGGACAAUUGUGGUAAACUCGGCGAACAAGAGGUUGGCUGUCGAGUUCUACUAG